GUUCAAGUCACCAUGAGGACAGCGGGUUGAUCGCAUCGACAGCCCAGCCUGGUCCGCGGGGCAUGGGCCGCAAGGCCCUGGCAAAUCAGCUGGUUAGCGUACUCGGCUGACCAGGUCCCUGCCGUCGCUCCUCGCCAGCGACAUGUCGCUGCGCCUCACAGUUGCCCUAGGCUCGUUCAUCGUCAUCUUCGGCCUCCUGCUCAGAUGGACUAGACGCAGUAACCGUGCGCUCCCUCCUGGCCCCAAACCGGUUCCAGUGCUAGGGAACAUUCUUCAGCUCUCCACAGUACAAGAAUGGCUGCAGCUCACCGAGUGGAGCAAAUUAUACGGCGAUAUCUUCACUGUAUGGGUGUUCAACAAGCCCAUUAUCAUGCUCAACUCGGAGAAGGUACUAUUCGACUUGCUCGAAGCCCGUUCCAGCCUAUAUUCGACUCGCCCGCACCUUACGAUGGCAGGCGACUUGAUGGGUUGGGGCGAUUUAGUAGUACUCAUGCCGUAUGGCGAGCGCUUGAAGAAUUACCGCAAAUUGCUUAAGACAGGCCUAAAUGCCCAGGUAAUUCGAGGAUACUGGCCCUUUAUGGAGCAGGAAAUCGGAAAAUUACUGGGCAGACUGCUUGACGAUCCGAAUAAUUAUGCCAACAAUUUCCGACGCUGUGUGCUCACAAUCGCAAAGAGCUCCCAGGGCAUUGAAUAUUUCUUCAGCACGGCGGGCACCGUACCCCUCAAGCUAGCUUACGGGUUCAAGCAUGAGAACGAAGAGCUUCAAAUACUUGUGGAAGUCACACAAACUGCUCUGCGCCGGUUCGCGAUGGCAGCCUUGCCUGGCGUGUUCCUGGUCGACACCCUCCCAUUUUAUGCGUAAUAAAUCGGAGGUGACGUACUGAAGCUAAUUAGCUGAGGUGGCAUCUAUAAUGCCCUAAGCAUGCCACCAAUGGUUUUAGGGAAGGAUAUGACUUACGGCAGACGAGUGCGCACGUACAUUGGUAAAUCUUGUAGGCGAACACACUGCGUACCUGUUAUUAGCACUGCAGACCAUCGAGAACCACUGUGGAAGACCUACGAAGUUACGGUGACCUCAAUCAAGUCCUAGUGCGAAAAUAUUAUCAUCUGCGCAAUUUAUUGGUUUCUGGACAGGGACCGAGAGCACGUACACCAGCGACGAUAUCCCCCACGAGACUCCUGAAUCACAAGGGUAGGGUUCAGCAAAGGCUUUGGUGCGAUAGUUAGAACGCACCAUGGUGCUUGUGUUAAGGCGAGAGGGUUCAAGAAAUUUGUUACCGCGUAGUGGUACGUAGUAUGCGAGACAAACACAAUAUAUACGGUGCAAAGAGCCCACAGGAAGAGUAUUUCGUGAAGGGACCGUCGCGAGAAUCGCGGGCAAGGUAGGCGUACACUUGCGCGAUAGCAAUACCGUAAAGCAAUAUUGCCAGGAGUUGC